AUGGCUUUUCUGUGCCCAGUGAGAAUCCGUCGGAACAAGAAAAAGAAAGGGGCAGGCGGGUAUGUCUCAGAGGGGGAGGAGAAGGUGGUGCGCGCACCAGGACUCGGUCGCAUCACUGGCUCUGCUUCCAUAGAGACGCUGGUGCGAGUUGGCUUGGAGAAGGAGGCGGGACUCUCACCGGACAGUAAGAUGGUCGUCCUCCAUGAUUUUACCCCCUGUGUUGACGAUGAGCUGGAAGUGAAGAGAGGGAGUGUAGUGAAUGUCCUUUAUCAAGAGAAUGAUUGGGUAUAUGUUAUAGCAGAGCAUGGGCAGCAAGAAGGCUUUAUACCUCAUUCAUAUUGUGCGCCGUAUGGCUCCCAACUUGGGGAGCUGACCAUGAAUCAUAAGAAAAAAAUGCCACGUGACCACAGUUCUAUAGAAGGUGGCGGGGGAGGGGUAGAUACAGACCAUAAUACAACUAUAGGUACCAUAAACUCAGGGGGAACAGAUAAUCCAGGACUAGUUGGUUCAGAUAACGAGAGUUAUGGCGGAAAGCUGAUUGGGGGACCACCAAACAGAGCGUCAGAUUCCUCAAUACAGAGCGGGUCAGCUACUCCAGAUAUUCAUCCUUUCUUUAAGAGUGCUACUUUGAUGCGGGAUAUUCACCCAUUCCUUAAGGACCCUGCAGGUAGAUACAUAGUCCUGUACACCUUCAUUGCACGUGACGAAAAUGACGUGAGUGUGGAAAGAGGAGAAUUUGUGACAGUCCUCAAUCGUGAAGAUCCUGAUUGGUAUUGGGUCUUGAGAUCAGAUGGCCAGGAAGGAUUUGUACCCUCAGGCUUUGUGUACCCGGCAGAUGUUAUACAAGACCACCUGGAGCAGGGUGGGGGUACUACGGGUGGCGGAGGUGGCGGUGUGAUGGGGGGCACAAUACACGCUGGGCUUGGAACGGUAGGAGGGCACCAGGUGGGCUAUGGGGCUUCGCAACAUCACAUUAACCCCGGGAACAGCGACGACCUCCGCUUCCACGGAUCGGAACUGGUCAUGCUGUAUGACUAUAAGGCUCAAGCCCCAGAUGAUCUCUCAGUGAGACGAGGGGAUUGGAUAUAUGCCGACCUCACCAAUCAGACCGUGGAUGGUUGGUUAUGGGCAUAUGCGCCGAAGACUCGCAAAUACGGUUUCAUACCCAAAGCAUAUGCACGUCCUCCAGCCAUGACAUCUUUAUAGGAUUGCAGCAAGUAUAAAUUUUGUUUUGUGCAACUCAGUGUGCAAGUGUGUGUCUCUCUCUUUCCACUAGGUAAGGCCAGAGUUUGGACAUCAUUAAGGGUACCCAGUGUACUAAAGGAACUAAGAUUCCUUUUGUGCAUGUGUGUCAUGUUACUGUCUCAGUGAUUUCUGUACUAAAGAAUGUGUUGGUCCAUGUUUGUGAAGUCAUACUAUAUGUAACUGAGAUUGCUGAUGAUAUAGAUGGGAUGCAGAGUUGUAGAUGUGAAGGCCUUCAGUUGUACGAGUAAUUUUCAUCAGUGUUUAUUUUUUUUUAAUGUGUGUAUGCUUUUACAUAUGUUUUCUUGUCAGUGUGUGCAUGUGUUUGCAUAUGUGUAUGCAUGUAGAUUUGUAUGUUUUUGCUAUAUCCAAUAUAUAUAUACCUUUUUUCAUAUGCUUGCCUUUUAUUGUCCACUAUAUCCACAUUUUAGAUUGGAAUUAUAGUGCUUUACUGUACUAUUUUGUGGAUGGAAAGUGAUGUUUUGUCUGUAAGGUGUUAGAGUACAGAGAUCUAUUUGUUAUUCCAGUGUAUGUAAGGCUGUAUAGAAAUUUGUUAUUUUUUGAAGUAAGCUUUACUGGUACUGAAAGAAUUUCUACCUGUUUUGGAAAAAAAAUUGUUUUGAUAGUUUUUAUGGAUAGAGACAUUUAUUUUUAUUUUCUGUUUUGGCCUCAUAAGGGCAGGUGCCAAAUGAUUAUUUUUAUUGUGUUACUGACCAACAGAAUGGAUUGUUACUCUUAAGCUUUAUUACAUAAAGAAGAAAGAGUCCUUAGAAACCUCAAGAAGAUAUUGAUGGGGACAGUGCUACUCAGAUUCUCUUCAGAAGAUUGGUUCUCUGUAACUGUAAAUGAACAGCAAAGUCAAGUGGAACAGUUUUCUGUUGUAUUCACCAGAGCCCCUCAACCCUCUCGCCUCUCCAACAUUGAUGUCAUCAUCUUUGGCUGAUGUCUUAAUCAAGAAAGACAAGCAAACUUUCCUGACAUGCCUGUCUUCCAGAAAGUUAGCAUCAGUAACUUUAGGCAUUAAUCAUUAUGGCAUUAAGCUGUAGAAAAUAAGGGCAGAUAUAUUUUAUCUCCCAAAGGAUUUUUGUUACAUUCAUGCUAGGUUGACAUAUAAUCUCUGGAGUCCACCAUUCAUGUUUUCCUAUGAUUGCACUAAGGUCGCCACUACAUUUUAACAAUAGUUGUUUUAUCUCUUCAUGUGCUAUGAAUAGUAUUUGUCAACCCUUAAUCCAUUUGAUCUGGGUGCGUGGUGGCCUGUGCAUUGACGAAGAUCUGGGCAAUAGGCUUUCUUGGGAGUGUAGCUUGGAGGCCUGGUCCAUAUGAACACUGUGCAGUAUCAAGAUUCUUUGCCUCCUUUUUGCAGUUGUACUGUUUUUGUCUGUGUAAGCAUUUUUUGCUGUUUUGCCAUUUUCCAAAGUCUAUAUUUGUCAUUUGUUUUGCUGUAUCAAGAUGGUAAUAAACUUUUCCUUGAGCAGACUCCAUAUUAUAUCGAUUUGUAGUUUGAUUGUGCAGUAACAAUAGCAGUGAUUAACACAAUGUUAUUGGUAUUAUCUUUCUAUAUUUUUGUAUUAUUCAGUUUUCUGUAACAUACCCUGUGCUGUCAUGGUGGGUAUGAAUAGGAUCUUGAGCAUGGAAACAGUGUCCUCCCUGGAGCCGGCACUCAUCCUGGGAAUGGCUCAUUGAUGUAAGCAUUCCUACUUUGUUUACUGGUAUGAUGCAAGUGCCCCUUCCUAAAUGCCCAUUGAGUCAAAUCAUCCUCCAAGACCAUUGUGCAUUCAUGACGAGUAUACAUUCCCAUCACCCAGCCCCAUGUUCCUGUACCCAGGCCCUCUGCCAAAUUUUUUCAUGACAUAACAGUCAAGUCACUGGAUCCAAUGGGUUGAAUUAUAUAAGCAAUAAAAUGUUAGCAAGUGUUCUCAAACUUUAUACUUUUUUAAAAAUAUUUAUUACUCUAUAAUAGUAAAAAAGCUGUGACACAGAAUUGACAGUAAUAGUGGGUAAUAGUAUUGGGAAUAUAUUCUAUCGAGAAUUAUUAAUAAAUCAAGCAAUGUGAAAUGUCAUUUUUUUUAAUAAGAAUUUUAUAAACAUAAUUGAUCAACUUAAUUUACAUGUAUUAGACAAAGCUUUAUCAGACAGAAAUUACUGUCAUAAAGCAGAGCAUUGCUCUAGGUUUAUACUUUUUUUUUUUUUUUUUUUUACAUUACUCUGGGUGUAUAAAAGUGGGUAAUUUUUAUUCCAUUUCUCUAGGUUUAUAUAAAAAAAAAAUGUUAAAGGAGCAUUACUGAAGUGAUUCUAUUUUUUUACUAAUAGUGUUUUUGUUUUAAAGAUAUAUGCAUUGUAUUGUAAUUGCUCCACGGUAUAUCUAAUAUUCAAAAGAUAAAAAUUGUAAGGACCUCUGUGACAGUAGCAAUGGUUUCUAAUCAUUUUGCCAUUAAUUAUCCCAUGGUCCCCAUUAUUUUGAAAGGACUGACUGCUCUACAAGCCAUAUUGACAACAAACUAACUUUCCCAGUUCCAUGUUUCAGCUGAGGGACCAAAGGCACUGUGUGUGUUUAAUUAAAUAGAUAGGAUAUAAACAAAAUAUUUUGAAUUUUUUUUCUGAGCUGCCUUAUAAUGAGUAUUUAUAUAUUUUACAUUGGAGUCUCUUGAAACUUUGAACUUAUCUCUGUGAGUCUUGGUUGGGAGCUGUCUAAUAAACCUUUGUCUAUUAUGUCCUUCACCCACUGGAUCCAGGUGCCUCGCAGCUCACACGUGAAACAAACCCCAGGUAUCAAGACUCCUUGCCUCCUCUGCAAUGCUAUUAUACAUAAUAGUAUUUUGCUUCUUUAUCAUUUUCCAAGGUUUAUAUUUAUUAUUUGUUAAGUUGUGUCAAGAUAACAAUAGACUUUUUCAUGUCAUUUUUAAAAUUUUUUGUAUUAUUAAAUUCCUCCUGACUCUAAGCAUCCUCCAAGAGCUUUGUGCACUCGUAGCAAGAUGUUCCCGUCACCAGCCACUUGAUAACAAUAACUCAUGACAUGUCAUUCCAAACAGCUUGGCCCUUAAUGUGAAAGUCACAUCUCCCAGAUCAAUUGGAGAGAUUCCAAAUGGGAGAGAGAACUAGCUAGCUAAGUGUUAGGUGAAAUUAUGUGCACUAUAAACUGUCCACUUAUGCCUUGAAGGAACCAUGACAAAUAGUAAUUUAUGCUGUUUUAAGAGUUAUAACAAGAUAUCUUUGUCACUAUAAAUAUCCAUGAAAUGGUUUUCAAGAGGAGCAGCAGCAAAGACUGUAAGAAUUCAUGUUUGAAAACAAAUUUUUGUUGCCAUAUUUUGUUUUGCUUAUAUCAACAAGAUAUUGCAUAUAUUUUCUUUAAAAUGUUUGUGUAAUGUGAUUUUUGUCUUGAGCAUUUUCAAAGUGCCCUAAAUACCAAUGAUAUUAUCAGUUGACUUGUAAUAUGUAGAUUUCAGUGGUAUUCUUCAUUUUAGAUGCUAUUGGAGGCAUUGUUGAUUGUGUUUUAAUUUGAGUGUUUUUCAUGUGGCAGUUAUUGUUAAAUAAGCCAGAAUUAGAAGGCCUGCCAUAAGUGGAGUGUAUUUAUAUAUGUAUGUUAUGUAGAAACAGAGCAGGUAAUAUGUUUUUUCUGCAUUCUUAUGAUUAAGAUUCCAAACAUAUAUUUUUGUGUAUUUCAUGAUAAAAGUGCUGCAAUUGUAAAUACUGCUAUUUAGUAAACCAGAAUUUUUUCUUUAUUUUUCAGUUUUAAAGAUUUACAAAUUCAAUGGAUCACCUGAUAUGGAACUGUACUGAUGCAUAAUGUAGAGAUUUAACCAAGAUGCUGAAAACUGAGACGAGUGUUGUUACCACACGCAAAAUUUCUUCAGUAAAUUUAGAGUCAUACUGAAGACUGUUAGAGAGUACAUUCUUUGCUAUACGUGUACAGUUCUUGUCUUUUUUUUUGUGUAUGAAUUAGUGUUCAUUUUUACUUUACCACAAGCUACAUCAUCCAAGGUAUUUUAUAUUCCAGUGUUAUUAGUCCUUGGUUUAUUUGAGAUGGCCGAACUUGGGGUUAAGAUGGAUAUCAUUUUCCGUGAUUUUAACUUGGUAAUUUCAAUUGAGCAAGAAAUAGGUGCCUGGGAUGGCGCUGAAAGGCUUGUAUUUGAGUGCCAGAUAUUGUGGCAUUAUGACCCUCUUUCACUCACUUUUUUUUUUUACGACAUCCCACUGAUAAGAUACAUAGAAAAUGUUAUUACAACUAGUAUCUGGAAAUAAAAUAUGUUAUAAGGCAGAAUACAUUUGACAGGAGGAGAGUUACAUUAGUAUCAGCAAGAAAAAAACAUUUAGGUUAUUCAUAUAAUAUUGCAUAAUGAAUACUUUUAAAGAUCUGAGAGAAAGAGGGAAGUUCUUCACUUACAUACCUCAGUUUCUUUUUUCUAGAAAAAAAUCUAUUACAGAAGCCUGCCUCUGUCAAUUUUGUUUACUUGGGAUCAGAAAUAAGCUUUUAUUAGAGUGCAUAACAGCUAAAGACCUAAAGGGGAGGUAAGGGGACUGGAUUAAUGCUAUAGUGUAAUAUGAUACCAUUUGAGGCUUUAGUUGGCCAGAAUUUUUUAUGUAGAUUGGAAGCUUAGAAUUCAGCAGAAUGAUCAAAUGAGGCUGAGAGGAGGAAUAGGACAUAGGGGCUACUCCAAUGUUGAUGGAAUGUCUUAGAUUUCAAGACCAUCAUUUUAGUGACAGGCGGGAAUAGGAAAAGAAAGUGGGGACUUCAUCUUAUGUGGAUUCUAGAGUAGUUAUUCACACAGACACUUGAUUUAUUACAAAGGUUUUUAGAAGCCAUUAUGUAUGUUUUCCUUUUUUUCUCUCUCUCUUCUUUUUUCCCCCUUUUUGAAAAUUCUUUUCCUUUUAAUUUUUUCUUCUUCUCAUUCCUUUUCUUUGAAAUUUUGACAGCGCUGUCAGACUAUUUACGUUAAAAGAGGGGUUUUAUUUUAUUGAGGUAAUACUAUAUCAGGGUCCACAUUUUUAUUCUUCAUUAUUAUGUCACGAGUUUUAAAAAUGAUAUUGCUUUAAUUUUACACAAUGUCCAAAAAUGAGUAUUCUCACAUAACUGGAGAGGUGUCUUGUAUUAUAGGUUUAAUGUCAUUUCCUUGUUGCCAAAGCAGUUUAUAUUCUGUAUUCUGACUUUCCUGCUCUUGUAGUUAUAUAUAUUGAUUAUCUUUUAUAUUUUUCCAAUAACUUUAUAUUUAACAGUCAUUCUUUGUGGAAAAAAUCUCCCUUGUGUUAUAAUCUGUUAUGAUACUCAUAAGUAAUUUUGUUUUCCUUUUUUUCUUUUUUAAGUGUGAGUGUGUGUUUAUGUGUGUAUAUGUGCAUAUAUCUACAUGCACAAGCAAGAGAGAGUGAGUGAGUGAGUGAGUGAGUGAGUGAGUGAGUG